AAAUCCGAACAAGGAUACAAAAUCCCACGCCGGCCGGACGCUAACCAAAGCCGCUCGCGCUCGUAAUAAGCCCCCUCCUCCCUCCGUCGUCCGGAGCGCCCCCGUAAAGCCAAACCAAAACCUCCCUUUUCCCCUCCGUUCCGCCCCCCACCCCCACCUCUCCUCCCCUUCCCCGGUCUCGCGCGAUCCGCCGAUCCGGUUUCCCCGCGCCCGGUCGCGGAGCACCCUCGUCCCGAUCCCGCCGUUGUUUCGGCGGCCCGGUCCGUUCGUCGCCUUGUUGCCGGGCGGUCUGCCGUUGAUGCGGCGUGGCAGUGGCACGGUUCCUGUGCUGUGAAUUCUGAGAGGUGUCGUCGGUGCGGUGUUGGCUGGCGCGGCGGUCUUCCAUGAGGCGGCGGUCGGUCCUGCCGUCCCACCACGACGACAUGGAGAAGGGCGGCGGCAAGCCGGCGUCGUCGCGCCUCUGCUUCCUCGCCACGCUCUGCGCCAUGUUCUGGGUCCUCAUCUUCUACUUCCACUUCGCCGUCGUCUCCAACGAGCCGGCCGUUUCGGCGGCGCAGGCCACCGGUGUCCGCAUUGACCGCUCUCGCAUCCACAUUCCCGAACUCGACGGCGCGUCCCGCGUCGACGUUCCCCUCGCCCCGCCCGCCCGCGCGUCGGAGCCACCGCCGCCACCUCCUGUCGCGCGCCCCAAGGAGACGGAGACGGAGACGGAGACGGAGACGGAGACGGAGGCGGAGGCGGAGGAGGAGCACGCCGCCCAAGUCCGCCGGGAGGAGGCGCCGCCCAAGGUUGCGGCGCCGUACCCGUUCGAGCGGGCGCUCAAGACGGCGGAGAACAAGAGCGACCCCUGCGGCGGCCGGUACAUCUACGUGCACGACCUGCCGCCGCGGUUCAACGAGGACAUGCUGCGGGACUGCGAGAAGCUCAGCGUCUGGACCAACAUGUGCAGGUUCAUGAGCAACGACGGGCUUGGCCCGCCGUUGGGCAACGAGGAGGGCGUCUUCUCCAACACCGGCUGGUAUGGCACCAACCAAUUCUCCGUGGAUGUUAUCUUCGGCAACAGGAUGAAGCAGUACGAGUGCCUGACCAAGGACUCGUCUAUCGCCGCGGCGGUGUUCGUGCCGUUCUAUGCUGGGUUUGAUGUGGCAAGGUAUCUCUGGGGUUAUAAUACCACGACGAGGGAUGCCGCGUCGCUUGAUUUGGUGGAGUGGCUGAUGAAGAAGCCGGAGUGGAGUGUGAUGGGUGGGCGGGACCAUUUCCUGGUUGCAGGGAGGAUCACUUGGGAUUUCAGAAGGUUGACGGAUGAAGAGUCAGAUUGGGGCAGCAAGCUGCUUUUCUUGCCGGCUGCAAAGAACAUGUCGAUGCUCGUGGUGGAGUCGAGCCCGUGGAAUUCAAAUGAUUUUGGGAUACCAUAUCCUACAUACUUCCACCCGGCCAAGGACGCUGAUGUUUUCCUUUGGCAGGAUAGAAUGAGGAGCUUGGAACGCCCAUGGCUGUUCUCGUUUGCAGGCGCUCCACGUCCUGGUGAUCCAAUGUCCAUCAGAGGGCAGCUCAUCGAUCAAUGCAGGAGCUCAAGCGUUUGUAAAUUGUUGGAGUGUGACCUUGGGGAGAGCAAGUGCCACUCCCCGAGCACAAUCAUGAAGAUGUUCCAGAGCUCUCUGUUCUGCUUGCAGCCCCAGGGCGACUCCUACACAAGAAGAUCUGCCUUUGACUCGAUGUUGGCUGGCUGCAUACCUGUUUUCUUCCAUCCUGGUUCAGCGUACGUCCAAUAUACAUGGCAUCUUCCAAAGAACUAUACAAGGUACUCUGUAUUCAUCCCUGAAGAUGACGUCCGUUCUAGAAAUGCCAGCAUUGAGGAGAGACUAAAGAGUAUUCACCCAGAUGUGAUCAAGCAAAUGAGAGAGGAGGUCAUCAAUCUAAUACCAAAGGUGAUAUAUGCUGAUCCAAGAUCGAAACUGGAGACCUUGAAAGAUGCAUUUGAUGUUUCUGUAGAGGCAAUCAUUAACAAAGUGACAAAGUUGAGAAGAGAUAUCAUCGCAGGCCAAGAAGAUAAAGAUUUUAUCGAAGAGAAUAGCUGGAAGUAUAGUCUGUUAGAAGAUGGACAGCGGACAAUUGGACCUCAUGAAUGGGAUCCAUUCUUCUCAAAGCCCAAAGAUAAAGGUGGAGAUUCUAGUGGUUCAUCUGCUGAAUCUGCCAAGAAUUCUUGGAAAAGUGAACAAAGAGGACAUAGUUGAAACAUGAGUUUCUCGUCUUUGAGAUGAGAUCAAGGGAGCAGAGUUAGCGAUGCUCUCUGAAGAUGCUCUGAUGCAUAUACGUUGCACAUAGGUCAAGAUCCAAUAGUUAUGGUGAUCAUGAACAUCAUUGAUGAUCUAUGUCACCCUACAGUUGUAUGAAGCCAUUCCACCAAAAAUGCUUUGGGGAAAUUUGGAACACAGCCUUUGCGUACCCACCCUCUAUAAAUACCAUUUUUCACACUGAUUUUGCUGUUUUUUGCUCAAUAAUCCUUUGUAAGCCCUUACAGGAUUUAGAGGUAUAUCAGUUUUUGUUCCUAUAUUACUUUGUUUGUUUUGCUGUGUUCAAACUUAGAGCUAUGUGUUUUAGAAUUUGUGGAUAUUACUAACAAUUUGUUCACAUGUUCAAUAUGUAAUCCAAGAGGGGCAUAUGUAGACAUGUUUCCUCAUA